AUGGCGAUAUUUCUACUUUUCGCUAUUCUCCUUUCUACCUCGAACUGUGUUAGUUUUGCGUCUAGCGUUAGCGAUGAGGAGGUGUCACGAUCGCGACAGGCAUGCAAACUUGCCCGUGAAUAUUUGGCUGGCACAACAGUAAAUUCCAGUUCGCUCGAAGGAUACGUUGACCCACGAUCGUCGCUGUAUUCUGACCGUGUCGAAGCCUACUGGUCAAGUAACUGCUGGCAAAAUGCUUCCUGCAUUGUCUCUCCGGCGAGCACCGAGGAGUUGGCCGAAAUGAUGAGCAUCAUCGCUUCUACGAAUGCCACAUUUUCCGUCAGAGGUGGAGGACACAACUUCAACAGAAACUUCAGCAGUGUUGGCCCAAAUGGAAUCAUUCUGGAUAUGACCAGAUUCACGAACAUAUCGCUCGCGGCCGACAAAAGACUUGUUACGGUCGGAGUGGGCAACCGUUGGGGCACCGUCUACAAUUAUUUAGAUGGCACUGGUGUUUCUGUGAACGGGGGAAGAUCGCCUAACCCAUCCGUGGGUGGUCAGACGCUUGGUGGAGGCAUUGGAUGGCUCACCAACCUUGUCGGUGUCACUGCAGCCUCAGUCGUGGCCGCGGAAGUUGUACUGGCCGAUUCAUCCGUAAUACAGGCCGAUGAAGAACACAACCGCGAACUUCUUUGGGCAUUGAAAGGGGGAGGUCCCAAUUAUGGAAUUGUGACUUCGUUCACUUACAAAACAAUACCGAUUGACAAAGUCUGGUUUGCCACAAGAUGGUACUCGGCAGAACAGAAUCGAGCGCUACUUCAUGCACUCUUCGAUUACGAAAUGACGUCUACAAGAGACUCAAAGGCCAAUAUUGUAUACCAAUUAUCGGAGGAAACGGGGGCCCCACAAUCCUUUGUCGGAUUCUUGUACCUGGAUCCAGUUGAAUGGCCUUCGAUUUUCAGUCCUUUCUACAACAUCACCCAUGCCGCAACCAUGAUCAAUUCCACGACUGGUACCCUCUCAGACUUGGCCUCCAAUUACUAUGCACCGCAAUAUCCCGAGCCAGGGAUCCCACCAUCAAGAGACUAUGUGGUUUCACUACCGCACAAGCUAGAUGAAGCCACCUACAAUGAUAGCUAUGCUACAUUCACGAAGUAUGCGAAACAAGCCGCUGAUUUGGGAUGGCAUAUGAACUAUGGGUCUCAGCCAAUAUCGAAACUAGCCGUUCACGAGUCGUCAAAUACACCUCUAAACUUGACAAAUGUUGAACAGGAUUGGGUUCACGUCACCCUUCAGUGGGAAUUAGCAGAGGACGAUUCGACAGCGAUAAAAAUGUUGCAAGAGCUUGGGAAGGAAAUCUUGGCAGCUGCCACUCGACAUGGGUCCCAUUUGAGGUAUCGGUUCGCAAAUGAUGCUUAUAGCGAGCAAGAUGCGUUGUCAAGCUACGGUGAAGGAAAUUUACGAAAGCUCAUAUCAAUCAGUCGUAAGUAUGACCCUGCGGGAGUUUUCCAACGGCAGCAAAACGGAGGUUGGCUCAUAGAUAGAGCGCAGCGUAAUUAG